AAAUUGGCUAUCUGUGACGUGUGAGAACCGUAACCACCAGAACGACGCGAAUGGGAUUGGGAAUCCCAAUUUGGGAUUGAAGAGUCUUAUACUUGCUAAAAAGACUAGAAGAGGAAGAUGUCAGACUCCGACCCGGAGACGGUAAAUGCUGACGUACAGGAUCUGGCGGAGCCGAUCGAGAUGGGUGUAUAUGACCCUGCCGUCGGUGAGACUGAAGAAGGUGAGGAGACUGACCAGGCUGGUGCGAUGGAUCCCCAAGAGAGUGACGAGAGUGAAGAGGACGAUAGUGAUGAUGACGACGAUGACGAUGAGGAAGAGGACCCGACACAGACUAUCGUGGAUAUGGGUCGACACGAGCGCAUGCAGCGCAUCCAGAAGGUGUUGUAUGAGCAGCUCGUGGGCAACGACGAGCGCUUGUCGCUGGAGCUCCGCGAGAAGGAAGAGGAGCUCCGUCGUGCCAAGACUGCGCGUGAAGACGUAGGUGUUGCACUAUAUGGAGUACAGCAACAACUCGCACAGUUACAAGUCGCACUUGAGGCAGCACAUCGUCGGCUCACGACUCUGCAUGAUGAACGAUUCUCGAGUGAAGACAAACUUGACGAGUGGAAAGCGAGUGCAGAAGAGAAGAAGCUCGCAGUCGAACGUCGUCGCGCGCACUUACACAAAACACAGGCAGAGCUCGACUCUCUGAAUGCAACACUACGGCAGGUCGAGAAAUACAAUGAGGAGAUGAAGCACGAGAUCGCACGCACACAACGAGCCGCUGAGAAGGCCGAGGAGUCGAUGACUGUAGCCGAGAAGGAUAAAGUAAAGCAAGAUCUGUACAUUGAUCGGCUGAAUGAGAAGGUGAAGACACUACAAGAGCAAUUGGCAGCCAAUGCAUCGCAGCUUAAGACGCAGCGAAUGGAAACGCAAGCUGCUGAGGAAACGCUGCGCGAGGCAGCGGCUCAGAUGGAGGCUGUUGCGUUUGAGAAGAAGCAGCUUCUGCAGCAGUGGAAGAGUGCGCUUAUCGGUAUGCAGCAGCGUGACACCGCCCUUCAGGCCACGCAGGCCGCUAUCUCCAAGGUGGUUGAGGACGAGCUAGCGCUAAGUGCUGAGCAGCGUGGCUAUAAAAUCUCAAUCGAGAAGGCCCAGCAAGCUCAUGAGACUCUGAUCGCUACUAUCGAGCGCUUCAACGCUGAGUUACGCUUUGUAGAGGAGCAAACGGAGAACUUGCGAGCUGAACAUGAGCGCCUUGCAGCUCGCCAUGAACUGCUAGCCAAGUCUCUUAAACAGACAGAAGCUCAGGUUUCUUCUGCUGCAGCGGAAGGCAAGAAACUAGAGUCAGAGGCGGCCCAGGUAGCGCAGCACUUGGAUACGACCCAGCGUGAACGUCACUUGCUUGAAGACGAAAUAGCCGCUGAGAAGAAUGACCAGACCACAGUACACAAGGCUGCACACAAUCUCACCAAGGAGACCCAGCGUCUUGUGGCACGAGUGCACGAGAAAGAAGUAGAGCUGGCGAAUCUACGCAACGAGAUGGCUCGGGUUGGAGUGGACGCUCUCAAUGUGCAGAACCACACCGCGCAACUUGCAGAGGCGCAACGAGCGCUUGUCGAAGAGCUCAAGCGAGAUGAUCAACGUGUAGAGCGUGCCGAGCUUGAGAUCCGUCAGCGUAACGAUGAGAUCGAAAAGAAGAUGCUGCGUCUGGAUCGACUUAACAGGAAAUACGAGCAGCUAGUGAGUAAGAUGGAGGAUGCAGACACAGGUCCACUGGAAGCGACUAUCAAGAAUCUAGUUCGUGAGACCAAGAUUGGCAGGGAAGACAACACAGCGAAGCAGAAGCUGUGGCUCAAUACUCAAACAGCUCUUGUACAUGCUGCCAGCGAGGCUCAAGAGUUAAGUGAACGCAACCAGGAGCGUAAGAGUAAGACUAGCGUUCUGGAACAGAAACAACUGCGUCUUCAACAUGAGCUGCACGAAAUGCAGCGUGAACUUCGAGACCUCUCGAACGGAAUAGCAUCGCUGCACGCAGACACUGGAAGGUUGAAUGAUCUCAUUGCACGCCAAGGUUCACGUCACGAUGACUUGCUUAACAGUAAUCAUGCACUCGAACUCGAGUUUGCCAGUGAGUUACGAGAACUUGAGGCUGCAUCCGUAUCAAUGGAGGCACGUGCUGCUGCAUUACGUCAAGAAAAGCAGGGAUUACUGGACCGUGUGGUGGAGGUUGAGCGACAGCUCAUGCUCUGGGAGAAGAAGAUUCAAUUGGAGAAGGAGACGCAGGCUGCUCUUGACCCUGAAGUUGGUCAGGCUGAGGCACGUAGUAUGGAGAAGGAGAUCCAUCGUAUGCGUCUACGUCUUGAGGCCUUGCAACGUAGCCAAGAGCAAAUGCUGCAAGAUAUGGAGCAAGCUGUGCACAAACGCGACGUCAUUGCGCUUCGUGGCCGAAGUAAGAAAGAACAGGAGGCUGACCUCACGUUUGCUGCUCUUACAGCGAAGGUGUCCACGCUGCAGAAUCAACUACGCAAAAGUGAGCGCGAUGCUGCUAGACUGGACAAGACUAUUCGCAAACAACUCGUUGCCGGUGAAGAUGUCUCUUUCCAACUGGAGAAAAUUUCGGCUGAGCUUAAGGUUGACGAAGAGCGUGGAUUGUCACUGCAACGCGCGAUUAAUGCUGCACUCUACGAUAAACAGCGAUACAUUGACGCCACAGCACGUAAAUUACGCAUGACAACGCGAUUCGACUCUCUUUGCCGAGGUGUGGGCAGUGGACCUGCCAAUGAAACACAAGCAGUACAAGCUUUGGAGAAGGCGAAGGAAGGCGUCGAAAAAGUCCGAGCAAUUGUUGCCAUGCUCCAGAAACAGAACCCGCACUUGGCUGAGGUGCUUCCCCGCGUUUUAUUACUUGCUGAAGACCCACCACCGAUGGACAAGUAGGGCGUUCAGUUGGAUAAUAUCCACCUUGUGUGCAUUUGGAUUUUUAGCUUCUCCGUCGGUCACGUAGUGCUUCGAGAAACCUACUCAGCUUAAGUGCAAGAUCCUCGAAAUGUGGAAUACCGCUCGUAUUCAAUGCUCUCAUGAAGCGUGGAGUUCUCAGGUACAUGCUGUUUGAUAGAUCAACAGUGAUGUUAGUGAAUAAUGCCAACUAAUAAUUAAUACAAAUGCACU